GCCAAGGUGUGUGAUGUCAUGGUUUAAAGUGGCCUGACUAAGCUGCAAUAAAAUAUAUCAUGACAACUCUGGACAACCCCUUAAUGCCAGAGACAACAAGAUAUCAGUUAGACAGAACACAGAGACACACACAUUUUGAGAAGCUUUCCUUUGUGGAUACUACAACAAGGGAAAAUUGGGAUGCUACAGGACAUAAGUAGAAAAGACAGCACAAAACAAAUAACCAAAGAGUGAGAGACUUCAAGAAGUUGGAGAACGUCAAACACAGACAAAAUAGGGAAAGGACGGCGUGAGAGACAGAGCCUAAACACAAUUACAUAUCAAGAAAAACGUAAGAGCCGUUGCCAGGGAGCGAGAACUUGAGCAGCGAACGCGCGACCACCACUUCUGGGGAGCAGGCGACUGUGACUGAGGAGGGUGAGAGAAAGACGAGAGUUGCCCUAAUAAAAAGCCUUACUCGAACGGUUGCGUCGUUUCAAUGGCGUCGUUCGCUCUGGAGCUGGUCGGCGUGAUCCUGUCUGUUCUGGGAUGGGUGCUGAGCAUACUGAGCUGCGCUCUCCCUAUGUGGAGGGUUUCUGCCUUCAUCGGAGCCAACAUCGUCACGGCCCAGGUCUACUGGGAAGGCUUAUGGAUGAGCUGUGUGGUUCAGAGUACGGGCCAGAUGCAGUGUAAGAUCUACGACUCCAUGCUGGCCCUGCCCCAGGACCUCCAGGCUGCCCGGGCUCUCUCCGUGGUCACCAUCAUCCUGGGGGUUUUGGCUCUCCUCGUUUCCACCAUCGGGGCCAAGUGCACCAACUGCAUCCAGGAGGAGGGGGCGAAGGCCAAGGUGAUGGUGACUGCCGGAGUGGCUUUCAUCCUAGCCUCGCUGGUCCAACUGGUGCCUGUGUCCUGGUCAGCUCACACCAUCAUCCUGGAGUUCUACAGCCCGGUCAUCCAUGUGUCACAGAAGAUGGAAAUCGGGGCAGCUCUGUACCUGGGUUGGGCCGCGGCAGCCCUGUUGCUGGUGGGGGGCUCUAUCCUGUGCUGCAGUUGCCCUCCGAAGGAGGACAAACCCGUGUCAAGAUACUCGAUUGCUCCUCAGAGCCAGAUGGCGUAUUCCGUUGCUCCAAGGUCCAUGGCCCCCAGCUCCUAUAACAGGAGAGAUUACGUGUGAGGGGGGGAGGUGUCCUGCACUGGGUUUGUCGACAUGGGAUUCUCUUAUAAGAGAAUAUAAGGGUUUUUUAAUGUAGCAGGACAUUAUUUUCCCUGCCUUCAUGGAAUGGGAGAGGAGGUGACUACAGCUCUGAAUCAAGUUUACUCUUAUUCCACAGAGACUGAGAAAAACCCCUUAUACGCUAAUCCAGAUGUUUGUUGUUUUAAUACAUAUGGUUUACAUUCAGGGGAUAUAAGGGGAAUGGGAAUCAUCGCCUACAGCUAGGACCAAAUACAGUAGCUUAUGACCAUAGAUGUGACAAGGUGUGUUUUAUUAGAUCUUGCUUAAAUAAGUGAUUAGAUAAUAAAUAUUGUGAUAAAAAGUCAUGGCUUGUUGCAACGUAAGUUUUGACUAUUUAUUGGAAAUAUUUUCAGUUUGAUAUUCUUAUUUGCAAUGGUUGGAAUCACUACAUCUGUAUGUUUUCAAAUAUUAUGUGGAAUAUGUGAAACAAGACCUUGACAUUUUUGUACUGACUUGAAAAGAAGGUUUAGGAGGAUGUUUAGCAUUCUGAAUUAUUGUUGUGUAAAACAAGGAGCCAGGACAGUUAAUAAAAAACUAUUUUACUUAAAAUAGUCAAAGUUCAAUCCUUCCAACAGCCGUUUCAACAAGACACAUGUAUUAUAUGAGUAGAUGUAGGACAAUACAGAAAACUAUUCUACAGUGAUGAAUUCAUAAAUACCAAAAUAGGCUGUGCAGGGUCGCUUGGGCUCAACCAAACAGGCAGGUCAACAGGUGGACCAGAACCCAUUAACUGCAGGGUUGCUUGGGCACAACUAAACAGGCAGAUCAACAGGGGGACCCGAACCCAUUAACUGCAAAUUGACAGUGUUCACUUUGUGAUGUUUGACGAUGACUUAAUAGUCAGAUUGAAAUCUUUUGUGAACCUUAACGGAAAGCCUCUCUUGGAAGUUUUGAUAUUGAUAUCCAUUUUUUAUUUUUGCAAUAUUUCUUGUGCUUACUCUGGGCUCGUUUAUCUUAUGGAAAUAUUUCAAAAGCAAUAGCCUUUUGGUUUUAUGGGUAAAGGUAACUGCAGUGUGGUAAAUGGUCGAUAUCUGUUUGCCUAACAAGUUUGUCUUCAAUUUAAUUCAUGAAAAUCUGUGUACAUAAUAAAGGGUUUUACUCUGUUUUGUAAA